CAUCUGUCUAGCUCAAAAUAAUCUUGAUCCAGACCCGCAUCCAUGAUUUAAAAAUUUCAAAUGGUUCGAUCCGCAUCCGCCCCGCAUAGAAUCAAACGGGACGGAGCCCGCGGGCAAUGAUUAAAAUUUCCGAGCCCUAGCCACUGACAUAGUUGAGCCAAAAAUUCAUAUCCGUUUUUGACAGUUGACUUGAAGUUGCAAGGGAGACGCUUCUUCUCCGGUGAAACGGCUUAGCUGAGAAGAAAGGUCGUUGACCACUAGGUGCUCAUGGCUUCUGAGGAGCCCUCGAAUCAGCAGACAGUGAUCUUACCACCGAGGACAAAAGAUGAUCCAACGCCAGCCAUCAGAGACAUCCUCGAAAUCGUGGAUAAUUUGCAUAAGAAGUUUGUCCCUCCAUCCCAAAAGGAACAAGUUCUAAUAACGUCUAGAAGCGAUGUUGCUCAUCUCACCAACCCCUCACAAGUCCCUGAGAAAGAAGGGCUGAAGAAAACGACCAGUCUCCCUGUACCUUCUUUAACCGAGCAGGACGAUACCGAGCGUUAUAUCCCUAAGCUGAGACGUAACCUACGUCUGCUCAAGGAAGACGUGGUGAAGCUGCAAGACCUUCGCUGCGAAGUUGCAGAUGAGGUGGGGAAACAUAUCACUCCACUUGAAAAGCUGCUUAAGAAAGUUGAGAAGGUUUCUUCAAAUGCUGUGUUGACCAAGGGUAUGAAGAAAGAUCUUGAGGAUAUCAACAAGAAGAUCUUUAACUUGAUGUGUCAGGUCCCUUUGUUGCCCAACAAACGCAGAAAGCCUGGUGGGUUGGACUCUGAGGGUGGCGACGGAGAGAACAACGGCAAAGGUAUUGAAUGCUUGCCUGCUAUCCAUGUCAAUGAAGAAGAUCUCAAAAGACUCGCUGUUUUCAGACAUGUAAGAGACAAAUUCAUGAACCUUAGUAGUAACCACAAGAAGAUCUGUCUGCUGAGCUUCGCUGUGUUCCCUGAGAAUCAAGAGGUGAACAGAACGAUGCUAAUGUACUGGUGGAUCGGGGAAGGGAUUCUACCUGAUGAAGGCAAACCUGAAGAUGUUGUUGAGGCCAUUCUUGACGAGUUCGUUAAGGAAAGGUUGAUUGAACCUGUUGAAAACAAACGCAAAGUGGACCCGAACAGCUACAAGAUGACUCCCUUUGUGCAUUCUUCAGUGGUUCUCAUCUCAAAGGAGAUCAAACUCUUUGAUAUUUACCGUAAAGGGGAGAAGCCAACCAUGCACAAAUCAGACUUAAACAAGGUCUGCCUUGUGGAGGGGUCAUCAAGCCAACCAGAAGCAAAAGCUACUAAAAUGCCAGACGUGAAUCUCAUCGAGACAGUGUUCAAUGUCUCCGAGAGGUUUCCUGAUUUCGCGUUCAAAUGGUUCUCAGAGGACCAACCAUCAGCCAAGAAGAAGUUUGGUCCCAUGUCAAAAACUGUGUUCAAGUCCCUCAAGGUGUUUUACUUGGGCAGAUGGGAGAGAACGGCCAAGCGCCACAUCGAGGUUGAGAAUCCAGAGCUCAUGAGACACUUGAAGCAUAUGACUAAACUAAGACUCUUGAGCUUCCAAGGGAUCUCGAGAAUCGAAAGGCUUGACGACGCUGUCUGUAAGCUUCGUGAGCUGAUCAUCUUGGACCUUAGAGCAUGCUAUAACUUGGAGAAGCUUCCGGAGAAGAUAGAUUCGCUCAAGGCGCUGACUUACUUGGACAUUACGGAUUGCUACAUGAUAGACCGGAUGCCUAAGAGGCUGUCUUGGCUGAAUAACUUGGUGGUUCUCAAGGGGUUUGUGGUGAGUGAUGCUAAUGAUGAGGAGAAGGUCUGCACGUUGGCUGAGUUGGUGCACUUGGAGAAGCUGAGGAAGCUGAGCAUUACGAUAAACAAAGGUGAUUUCAGUGUGAAUGAUCUGUUCCGGGCUGUUGAAGAGUUCAAAAGUCUUGAGAAGUUUAAAGUGGCAUGGGGAGGUAUUAAUGAACACAAGAAAGUUGAAGCUGCUGUUGGAGGAGUAAAACAGUUCAUAAGACAGAUAACAAUGGUUAAGGGCCCAGCUUCCCAAGAAGGAAAGGUUCCCAAGCUUCCUAAGAAGCUGAAGAAACUGGACCUACAGUGUUUUCCUGAUAGGGAUCUUCCUUCAUGGCUUAAGCCACAUAAACUUGGUGGUCUUGAGAAACUCUACAUUAAAGGAGGAACCGAACUUACUGGAUUUGGAAAGUUUGAGACUGAGGAGACAAAGGAGUGCAAAGUCAAGGUCUUGCGUCUGAAAUUUCUUCCCAGGUUUAAAGUGGAGUGGAGGGAGCUGGGGGAACUCUUUCCAAAUCUGGAGUUCUUGGAUAAGUAUCAGUCUCCUCAAGUUAGCUUCUGCCCCUGCGAUGGAAUUGGAAUCUGGCGCAAAAAAAACUCAAGUCUAAACUAAGAGUUUCCAGCUGUCAAAAUUUGAAUCUGCUAUUGUGUGUUAUGUUCCUUUUAAUUCUCAUUGUUGUUGUUGUGUAUUUGCUUCUCAUUUUGUAUUUGAUGUUUUGCUUUCAAGUGGUGUUGUUUGUGAACUGUUUAAUAAAAGAGCUUGGUAUGUUUGCUUUGC